AUGUCACGACGAGUCAGUCCGCGCCGCUUCAUUACAAAUCUAUCCGCGGACACCGAAGGUAGCACCGCUACCACCAGCGACCGCCCCAGUCCUCCGGGCUUGGAGAGUGGGAGCCACUCGACUCCCAUCGAUCUAGAGCUUCUCAGGAGCCACUCGGCCGCUUGCAGUAAAUGUACGCCAGACGUGCAGAUUGUGGACGAUCCAGAGCAACUCACCUCAUCAUACAUGGACGAUGGCAAGCAGAUGUCGUCAAAUCUUGCUUGCCCAGGGCCACUUUGGCCAUCGCGAAUCAAGUCUGCAUAUCGUAUGCCAUCCGAUGCGUCUCAGGCAGAGCCCGAGCUCUGGGAUGAGCGUAUGGGCUUUGGAGCUGCGCGAGCGGCUGGCUCGUCUGCCAUGUUCCAAGUCGACCUCUUGCAGUCAGCCAACUUUCAGAGGGAGAUCAUGGCCACGUCAGAAGACAUGCUCUUCGACAUGGAGAUUGAAGAUAGUACUGACGAGUAUCUGACACGUCUGAAUGCGAAUCAAGAACGAUGGGACGCGAUGCAAGGUCGGCAAGCUCGCGAUGAUAUGCUCUCAGGCUCUGCUAUCCGGAGCAGCAUCAAACAGUAUUUGCAAUCCUCAGAGUUUGGCCAGAGGAUCACUUCAGUCGAAUGGGGUAGUCUGUGUCCAAUCUGUGGUCACCAUGCUGGCAGCACGAAACGCGCAUUACUAUGCCAUGCGCAGGUACAUGUUGAGCAUGUCCCGGAGCCGAAAUUCAAAUGUAGCUCCUGUGAUAUCGCUUUUGUCUUCAAAGCCGAUCGCCAGUUGCACUGUCAGCCGCGUCUCGACUACUCAAGCGUAUCAGCGUCAUCACCACAGAGCGAUUGUGAGAGCUUGCUCCCACAAGCAGCGAACUGCUGGAUACUCGAGGCGACGCGGCAAGAUUAUAUAUCCGAACUUCGUUGCUGGGAAACUCUCCAGAUCAAAGCAUACUUCGAUAGCGUUCGGGUAAUGCUCUGUCGACAAUUCGAAGGAUUGCGACUCGAGACUCUGAGGCUUUCAGAAGCACAAUUCAAGUUGGUGGCUUCCUACUUGCCUGGAGGAAUUCGUCCCGCAAACCUUUCGUGUAUGCCACGAAUCGAUACGGACCUAGCGAGUGAUCUUGAGGCUCUUGCGAAAUCAUUUGCUCGGACCAGCCUCGAGCACAAUUCGUCGCCAAUGCAGACUGGUCAGACAGUGCUACUGGUGGGUACCUCGAAAACAACGCAAUGUGUAGUCAGCUUUAGUCCGCUCAUGCGUGCCCUUGCGUCCAAGAACGCCAAAGAGUUCGCGAGUCUUUUGGACAAUCGCCAUCGGCACACUUGUUCGAACUGCGAGUGGUACUCGUUGUGCUGGGCUUGCGGUGCUGGGAACCUCGAAGCAGUGAUCAGACUUCUCGACUCGGCGAUCCUGGUCGAUGAUUUCCAACAGGUAGCAAUAGCAUACGGGGAACUAUCAAUCGCUUUUGGAUCUGGCGGACCACUGGAGAUCGCUAUGCGCUAUGGACGUCAUGAUGUUGUAGACGAGCUUUUCCGUCGUGGUUUGACUAUUGCAUCCAAAUAUGACAUUCAUGCCGAUUAUUUCAUCACUCUCGCGCAUCAGACUCGAUCCAAUCAUUGGAACGAUGGCCAGCCGUCGACUUUAGCUGGCUCGACCAAGUCGCAUCCGAUCAAUGCUGCUUCAAUCUCUCAGCAUGGCAUUUCUGCGUUGAGCAAGCAAGAUAAGCAUUCACGCCUCGAGCAAAUGAUAAGGGCGGGUCUAAAUGUCAACACCAAUCAUCACAGCGAGACCCUGCUGAAUCACUGCGUUCGACAUCGACUAUCGAGCGUCGUCAAGUGCUUGAUGGAUCAUGGGGCCGACUUGAUAGCUGCUGACGAUGCACACGGUGACACACCUCUGCUCCAAGCUGUGAAGACCUGCGACAACGCACUGCUCAGAGUACUGUUGGUGCAGAGGGAUCGGAUCCGAGCAUGCAUUAACGCUGUCAAUAAAGAUGGAGUCACCGCUCUGCUUCUCGCCUGUCGGAGCGACAACAAGCAAGCCGUACAAGCUUUGCUCGAGGUCGGUGCCGAUCCCAGCACGUGUGAUCCACUACUAGCCGCAUGCGAUGGGCGGCAUGUCAGUGUCCACAAUUAUGCGAGCAUGGUUAACGAGCUUGUUGCUGCCGGCGCCCGCGUCAAUGUUCGAGAUCCAAGCGGCAUGACCCCUCUGAUGCUAGCUAUACAUUAUAAGUCUAUUCCCGCUGUACGGUGCCUCGUCGCCGCAGGUGCGGACGUGCUGUUGCAGGAUGAACUUGGACGGAAUGCCCUGGUUGUAACGAAGCAAGAACUGGACACUACCAUGGCCCAGAUCAUUCAGGCUUGCCUUGCAGAGGCGUUCAAGGUAGAUUACUGGAGUCACACAGGCCUGCAUCACAUUUGUGCUAUGGAGCCCGAGCGAGCUCGCGAGACUGUGAACUUUCUGCUUGAUCACGGCGCGAAUCUUGACAGCCGAGACAGCAACAGAGACUCAUUGCUGCACUACACCUUCAAAGACAAAUACGCAAAGUCCACACGUGAAGCCAUUCGUUCUCCCCUUCUGGAAGCCAGAGUCUCUGUAAACGCAUCCAAUGCACGUGGAUCCACACCGCUCAUGCUCGCUGUGCACUCGAGCGUGAUCGAAGCUGCGGCCCUUUUGCGAUCCGGGGCACUAUUAGACCUUCAGGAUGAAGAUGGCAAUACUACAUUGCAUCUUGUGUGCAGGAGGGAAGUCACUCACCAGACCGCAUUAUCAGAGAAGAUAGCUAUGGUUGAAUUGCUGAUUCAUAAAGGUGCUCGGCUGGACUUGCGUAAUGCGCACGGUCGUACAGCAUUGAUGGAGGCUUCGUGUACUGCUUCUGGUGCUGGUGUUACCAGCCUUCUGCUUGGCGCAGGGGUGGAUGCCAGUAUACAAGACAACAAAGGCGCCACGGCUCUGAUGCUUGCUGUUGCUGGGAGAAAGGCAGAGAGUGUAAGGGCGUUUCUGAGGGCAGGUGUUGAGUAG